AUGGACGAAUUCCAGGCUUGUAUGUUUUCAUCUGACCAAGAAAUGAAAAAGAAAGGCCGUGGGUCUUAUGAGGAAAAAGAGGCAACAAUUGAUGGGGUAAAAAUUAGGGCUGUAAAAUGGUUAGACAAUCGAGGGGUGUCUCUUGCGUCAACUUUUGAGUCUGCUUGCCCUAUCAACACUGUGCAACGCUUUGACUCUAAAGGUCGUGAGCAGAUUGAUGUCACUUGCCCUAAAAUCGUUACAACAUACAAUAAGUUCAUGGGGGGAGUGGACCUUCUAGAUGGACUUAUCAGCUACUACCGAAUUAAUCUAAGAUCUCGGAAGUUUUAUUUGAGGUUUUUCUUCCACUUUGUUGACGUAAGUAUUGUCAAUGGAUGGCUUCUCUUCAGACGAGACUGUCAACAUAAUGGAAUUGCUAAGCAGGGAGUAAUGGAUUUGCUAGCUUUCCGGUGUGAGGUGGCCGAGUCUCUUUGUAACUUAGGAGCUGACCCAAUAAAAAGAGGAAGGCCAUCAACAGACAGGGUAGAGAACGAAUUUUCAAAGAAAAAGAAGAAAGGUCCAUGUGUCAAUAUCCCUAUACCAGAUGUUAGAAAAGAUGGAGUUGGACAUUGGCCAUCUGUUGUCGAAGAUAGGCAGAGAUGCAAGCAUCCCUUCUGCAAGCAGAAAUCAUCCAUUAUGUGUGAAAAGUGUAAAGUUCACCUCUGCCUAAACAAAGGAAAGAACUGUUUUGUGGAUUUCCACUUGUAA